GCUGCGUGAUUUCUGAGUGAGCGAGGGAGGAACAACCAACCGUCGGCUUCCCGAGGAACCGGGAUUCGAGUGCGUGACGGUAAGACGACGAUCCCCUGGAUUAGCUGCUCCUCCCACCUGCUCAGCAGACUUAGUCCCGGGGUCAUGUGACCUGGUCUCCUGCGCUGCCAUUGGCUGCAGGUGCACACGGGCGUUGAGAGCCUCUUAGUGGUCCGAGCUGAUGGGGAACCGGCCGGUGGCGGCUUGAUCUCUGCGGGAGUGAAGAAGGAACGCUUGUUCCGCCGCUGUGGCGCCCUUGAGCAAGGCAUCCCAAUCCAGGAGAAAGUCUCUUGUGUUUCCUUGUAUUAGGAGGCAUGUCUCUGUUCAAGGCCCGUGAUUGGUGGUCGGCGUCGCUCGGCGAGGGGGAGGAGUUCGACCAGGGCUGCCUGUGUGUCGGAGACGUGGACAACAGCGGCACCGGACAUGACAAGGUGGUGGUGGGCAGCUACAUGGGGAUGCUGAGGAUCUUCUCCCCGCACGCCAACAACAAGACCGGCGAAGGCGGCGCGGCCGAGGCCCUGCUCCUCGAGGUGCAGCUGCACCACGCCGUCGUCCAGGUGGAGGUGGGCAAGUUCGUCUCGUGUUCGGACCUCCUCCACCUGGCUGUGCUUCACCCCAGGAAGUGCUCCAUCUUCGCCGUCUCAGGCACGGCGGGCAACGUGGAGCACGGGGACCAGUACCAGCUGAAGCUGGUCUACGAGCACAACCUGAAGAGGACCGUGUGCAACAUGACGCACGGCGGCUUCGGGGGCGCCACAGGUGACUCCCUGUGCAUCCAGUCCAUGGACGGCAUGCUGAUGUUCUUCGAGCAGGACAGCUACACCUUCGGCCGGUUCCUCCCCGGCUUCCUGCUGCCCGGCCCGCUGGCCUACAACCGCCGAACAGACAGCCUGCUCACCGUGUCCUCCGGCCGGCAGCUGGAGAGCUACAGAAUUCACCUAGCCCCCACCAACAGCUCAAUGUCUCGGGGCCCGGAUCAAUCGACCCGCACGACUUCGUGUCUCUGGGGCCGGGGGCAGGACCUCCGUUGA